AUGUCGUACCUCCCAAAACUGUUUAAAUAUGUGGACGACCACCAAGAUCAGUAUGUGGAGCGUUUGGCCCAAUGGGUGGCAAUUCAAAGUGUCUCUGCCUGGCCAGAGAAACGAGGCGAAAUAAAAAAAAUGAUCGAAAUGGCAGCCAAGGACAUAGAGAAACUUGGAGGGACAGUGGAAAUGGUAGACAUUGGCAAGCAGAAGUUGCCAGGAGGGGAGGAGAUUCCUUACCCUCCAAUUAUUCUGGGCCGACUAGGCUCUGACCCAGGCAAGAAGACAGUUUGCAUCUAUGGCCACCUUGAUGUUCAGCCAGCCAAGAUUGAUGAUGGCUGGGACACAGAACCAUUCACUCUGGUGGAGAAAGAUGGAAAACUGUAUGGACGUGGCUCUACAGAUGAUAAAGGCCCUGUGUUGGCCUGGUUUAACAUCAUUGAUGCCUACCAGAAGAUUGGACAGGCGCUACCAAUCAAUAUCAGAUUCUGCUUUGAGGGGAUGGAAGAAACUGAUUCACAUGGUUUGGAUGAGCUUGUGUUCUCUCGGAAAGACACCUUCUUCAAAGAUGUGGAUUAUGUUUGCAUCUCUGACAACUUCUGGCUUGGCAAGACAAAACCCUGCAUUACUUAUGGUCUUCGAGGGAUCAGUUUCUUCUACAUUGAGGUGGAGUGCUGUAAAAAGGAUCUGCACUCUGGAACGUUUGGUGGCUCUGUCCAUGAAGCCAUGACUGAUCUUAUCAUGUUGAUGGGCUCUCUGGUUGAUAAGAAAGGAAAGAUCAUGGUGCCUGGAAUUUAUGACCAAGUUGCUCCUGUCACUGAGGAGGAGAAGAAGCUGUAUGAGAAGAUUGACUUUGAUGUGACGGAAUACCGCAAAGAACUUGGGGCUGGGAAACUGCUGCAUGACACCAAAGAGAACAUCCUGAUGCAUCGCUGGAGGUAUCCCUCUCUCUCUCUCCAUGGUAUUGAGGGAGCUUUCUCUGAGGCAGGGGCUAAGACUGUCAUUCCAUCCAAGGUCAAUGGCAAGUUUUCCAUUCGCCUGGUUCCAGACAUGGACCCCAGCGUAGCGGAAAAGCUAGUUAUCACUUACCUGGAGAAGAAAUUUGCUGAGCUGGGGAGCCCUAACAAACUGAAAAUAUCUGUGGACCAUGGAACAAAGGCCUGGGUGUCUGACUUUAAUCACCCUCAUUACAUAGCAGGCAGAAACGCCAUAAAGACAGUUUUUGGAGUGGAGCCUGACCUUACUCGUGAGGGUGGGAGCAUUCCUGUAGCCCUAACCUUCCAGGAGGCAACAGGUUGCAAUGUCAUGCUGCUACCCUUGGGUUCUUCUGAUGAUGGAGCACACUCACAGAAUGAAAAGAUGAACAGAUCUAACUACGUCCGAGGCACUAAGAUGUUGGGUGCUUAUUUUCACGAGGUAUCUCUGCUUAAGUAACUCCAUCUGGAAAACUGAUAUCACAGGCUUUCCUGAUCUCUGGAAUAUCGGACUGUCCUUU